AUGCCCCAUUCGUUCCGAGAGAUCGCCUUGUUGGGCCAGAACAUGGACAAGCAGGAAUUAAUCCACAGCAACAACCACUCGGCAUUCGAGUUUUUGGAGUCGACUUCUUCUGAAUUUUUAGUGGAACCCGGCGGACGGCACGAGGUGCUGGAGUGGUGGGAGUGGAACCGCAUGCCGUUACCGCCGGAAUUUGAAGGAUACACCGAAUCGGAGAUGCGAAGGGCUUUCGACGCUGUGCCGAAGGAGGUCGACUUGGCUCCCAAUGUCGAGAAUUAUCGCCAACGGAUGCAACAACUUGAUUCAAAUGUGGAUGGAGAUGGGAGAGGUAUGACUGAAGCGGGCAGGAGAAGAAAAGACGAAUAUGACGCCGGGUUGCCAGGUAAUUGGGAGGCUAGUCGCAACAUUAAACUGCGC